AUGUCGCCCCGCCGGAAGAAAUCGCGUCGAACGGAACAAAAGGACGUCCGUGUGGCUCGUCACGUGACGUCGCCUCGUCAUAAUACAACAGCUGAUGACGUGACGACGUCAUCACUCGAACAGGAAAAAGGUCGAAAAAAACAGAUGGUGUCAAGGGACGCGUACUUAAGUGGCCGCACAGGUGGGAUUUAUCUUCCCCCAUUUAAAUUGGCCCAAUUGCAACAAAACGCAGAAAAAAACUGUGACGUGGCGUCUGAAGUAACACAACGUCGGACCUGGGAUGCUUUACGUAAAAGUCUCAAUGGGCUCAUUAAUAAAGUAAAUGUGACGAAUUUACGUCAUAUUUUACCCGAACUUUUCCAUGAAAAUCUUGUACGAGCUCGUGGAUUAUUAGUGAGAGCUAUUAUGAAGGCACAAUUGGCAUCGCCAGGAUUUACGCACAUUUACGCGGCUCUUGUGGCCGUUUUAAACACUAAAAUGCCUGAAAAUGGCGAAUUGCUCGUUAAACGAGUGGUUUUUCGCUUUCGUCGAGCAUUUCAACGACGAGAUAAAGUCGUUGCCAUUGCACUGGUGCGAUUUAUUGCACAUUUAGUAAAUCAACAGGUGGUUCAUGAGUUAUUGGCACUUGAAGUCCUUACGUUAUUGUUGGCCAAUCCAACCGACGAUUCGGUGGAAGUGGCAGUGAAUUUUACAAAAGAAUGUGGUCAAAUUCUAGCUGAAUUGUGUCCAGAAGGACUUCGUGCAAUAUUUGAACGUUUUCGUGGAAUUCUUCAUGAAGGAGAAAUUGAUAAACGUGUACAGUAUACAAUUGAAGGACUUUUUGCUAUUCGCAAAGGUGGCUUUGCCGAUUAUCCUGCUGUACAUGAACAAUUGGAUCUCGUCGAGUCAGGAGACCAGAUUACACACGAAACGACACUUGAAGAACAGAUUGAUUGUGAGGAUAAACUCGAUGUCUUUCGGUUUGAUCCAGACUAUGAAAAGAAUGAUCAAAUGUGGACGACUAUUAGGAAGGAGAUUUUAGGUGAAGCGGACUCGGAUUCGGGCAGUGGAAGUGACGAUGAGGGAGAGGAGGACGACGACGAUGAUAAUGAAGUUGAACAAUUAGUGGCCACUGACAAUAAUAUGGCCAUUCAGGACUACACGGAGCAGGACCUUGUGAAUCUACGUCGUACGAUCUACCUGACUAUCAUGUCUAGUAUCUCACAUGAAGAGUGUGCGCACAAAAUGAUGAAGCUUAAUAUUCGCCCAGGACAGGAGAAAGAGAUCUGUUCGAUGCUUAUCGAGUGUUGCAGUCAGGAGCGAACGUACUUGCGAUACUAUGGACUGCUAAGCGAGCGGUUCUGUCUGAUCAAGCGCGAAUACCAGGAUGCAUUUGACGAAUGCUUUGCCGAACAGUACUCUUUGAUUCACCGUCUCGAGACCAACAAACUUCGCAACGUGGCAAAGCUUUUCGCUCACCUACUGUUUACAGACGCUCUGCCCUGGACUGUAUUCGAGUAUAUCAAUUUGAACGAAGAAGAGACCACGUCGUCCAGCCGUAUUUUUAUCAAGAUUUUGUGCCAGGAGCUGUCGGAGCACCUCGGCAUGAAGACGCUCAAAGAGCGUUUUCUGGAUAAGAUCAUGCAGCCUACGUUUGCUGGUCUUUUUCCGACAGAUAACCCCCGGAACACUCGCUUUGCUAUCAAUUUCUUCACAUCUAUUGGCCUUGGUGGUUUGACGACGGACUUGCGCGAGUAUCUAAAGAACGCACCAAAGAUGAUCAUGGAGCAAGCGAAGGCUGCGGCUAACAGCAGCGGCUCGGAUUCGGACUCGAGUAGUAGCAGCAGCAGCAGUGGCAGCUCUUCCGAUUCAGAUUCUAGUAGCAGCAGCAGCAGCAGCAGCGACUCGUCCGAUUCCGACUAA